UGCUGUAAAUGAAAGAGAGCGGCUAUGAGAUUUCUUUCCUCGUGUGUAGCACUUUAAAGCAUUUUGCUUUUCUGAUUUAUUCAUUUCUGUUCUUUUAGUUUCAUUCCUUACUGAAAUGAAUGUGACAUACAUCAGUCUUGAUGGACAUAUUGAGGUUGAAAAAUACAGAUAUGUUUACUUUGUUCUCAUGUUUACUGUUUACAUUUUGAUCCUGUCCAGCAGUGCAAUGGUUGUUUACUUGAUAAUGAUUCACAAAAACCUCCAUGAGCCCAUGUAUAUAUUUAUUGCUGCUUUGUUAAUUAACUCAAUGCUUUUUAGUACUACAGUUUACCCAAAGCUUUUGAUAGACUUUUUAUCUGAAAAACAGAUAAUAACUUUUCCAGUCUGUCUCUUGCAGAGUUUUUUAUUCUAUUCCCUAAGUGGUUCUGAAUUCUUGCUGUUAGCAGCCAUGGCUUAUGACAGAUAUGUGUCCAUCUGUAAACCUCUGCAAUAUCCAACCAUCAUGAGAAAAACAAAAGUGAGUAUUUUUCUUUUUCUAGCUUGGCUUGUACCUGCCAGUCAUAUUGUUGUGGCCAUUAUUAUAUUUACUCAUUUAAAACUCUGUAACUUUAGUUUGAGAGGUAUUUAUUGCAAUAAUUCUAUAAAUAGAUUAUUUUGUGUUUUUUCAAGAGCAGUAAUGAUACGUAUAUGGCAUAGUAGUUCUGUUUAAUAUGAGUCUUCUUCCGUUGUUUUUCAUACUAUUCACCUACACAAUGAUACUAUUAGUGGCCUAUAGAAGUUGUGGGGAAGUGAGGAAAAAAGCUGCACAGACAUGUUUACCUCACCUGUUUGUUA